AUGAAAACAACAACAACAACCCAUUCAACGCCUGCCUUUCUCAGAUCGAAUGCACGUUCCAAUUCGUCCUUAUCAUCGAAAACAUCCUUGUCUGGAUCGCCACGAUCGCCUCAAAAUAAUUCGAACAUGUUUUUGACAACUCCCAAAACGAAUUCGAGACAUUCGACGCGUUCAGUUUCGUCGUCUUCAAGGUCCAUGACUUGUUCUUCGGAGAUGUCCUCUCCUCCUUCUCCUCCUCCGACAAUUACAUUGACUAUUACUCCCAGUAGUAGUAGUGGUCCACAAGAUUCAUCAUCCAACUCCUCCUCAUCGAUUAAUUCAAAAAAAGAUAAGAAAAUUGAACAGCUGACAGCACUUCGAGAGAUGAGAAGUAAAUCCACCAAUGAGCUGACCUCACAAUUGGAUCUCGUCAAGAAUAUGGUUCGAAUUAAGGAAAAGAAAGGAGGACGAGUGAGUGUGAGUUUCAACUUUGAUGAUGACCAACCCUCUCCGACUUUACAAAAACUUUACAAAAAACAAGACAAGACAUUUAAUUUAACAAACAUUUAUUCCCCUCCACAAGAUGAGGAAGACAAUGAAGAAGACAAUGGUGAAAUCCAUCAUGAAUCUUCUGAGGAUCUUGUACAAGUUCUCGAAUCCAUUUGCAUUGGUGAAGAAAUCUUGGAUGCUCAUCAUGAUACCAAUUCUGGUCGUCAUCGAAACACCACAACAACAAAUUCAACAACAAGUUGUUGUUAUUAUUCGAAUCCAUACGACGAAGAUGAAGACGAGGAUUCUUCCUCAGACGAUGAAGAAGGUCAUUCUCUUGAAUGGAAUGAAUCAAGUUCUCAUCAACGUCGAAAACACAUGACCUUAACUCCAACAAGAACCACAAAACGAAAAUAUGCCUAUUAUUGUUGA